UUCAAUACGAGCUUGUCAGAAAAUUAUUAUUUCCACUCAGGGAGCCUGAGGCAGUGCAGGACUCCUAUAAAAGGCAGCCCAACUCCCUGCUCUUUCAUCCACUUCUGUUGCCUCCUUCUCCUUGGGAAUCAGGUGACCCUCUGUCCCAGAGACAUGUCCUGCUGCAACCCAUGCGUGCCCUGCCAGCCCUGUGGCCCAACCCCACUGGCCAACAGCUGCAAUGAGCCCUGUGUCAGGCAGUGCCAGAGCUCCACCAUCGUCAUUGAGCCCUCCCCUGUGGUGGUGACCCUGCCCGGCCCCAUCCUCAGCUCCUUCCCACAGAACACCGUUGUGGGCUCCUCCACCUCCGCUGCUGUUGGCAGCAUCCUCAGCUGUGAGGGAGUGCCCAUCAACUCUGGGGGCUUUGACCUCUCCUGCAUUACCAGCCGCUACUGUGGCAACAGAUGCCGACCCUGCUAAAGCUGAAGGGAAUCUCCCAGGACCUUGGAACAUGGUCCUUGAAAUGACAUAGAGCUUUACAGCAUUGCACUCAGAGGUUUGGACUGAUGUUUCCUUCUUCCACUCAUGUCUCUCUCUUUUUCUCUUUCUGUCUCCAAGGGCAGCCUAGUGGGUACCUCUUGGCCUCCCUCCUUCUGCAGGGCAGGCAGCCUGACUCCCUGCAAGAGUUUCACCACAUCUUUGUGACUGAUCUUGCAAGCCACCUCCUUUUUUUCUUGAGACUAAUUAAAGUCGUGCUGCAUCCAA